AUGAUUUAAUAAUAGGGAAAGGAUUUAUCCUAUCAUUUAAAGCAAUUAAAACGAUUUAGAUUUAAACCUGAAAAUAUCAUAUUAGGAAUAGGUAGAGAUUUAUCGUAGUUAUAUUUAAUUGAUUUUGGAAUGAGCAAAGUAUUUCGAGAUAUAAAGCAUAUGUAUAAAGAGUUAAUAGAUGUAUUAAUUUUAGAUCAUUCAAAGACCAAUAAUUUUUCUUAGGAACAAAAAAAUAUGCAUCAAUAGCUGCACAUUUAGGAUAGGAUGUAAAUGAUUUAGAAUCCUUAAUGUAUAUUUUACUAUAUUUCUUAAAAUAGUAAUUAAUAAUUAUUAAAUAAGAUAGUUAUCUUCGUAAAAUAUGGUCAAUGUAACAGAUGAUGAAAGAACAAAGAAAGUAGGAGAAAUGAAUAUAUCAAUGGAAUGUGAAGUAUCUAAAGAUUAACCUAGUUAACUUUAACGUAUUUUUGAGUAAACAUCAAAUUACACAUUUAAGUUACUUAAGAAAACUUUAAUUAAUAAAGAAGAACCCAAUUACAAUAAAUUAUUGCUAAUCUAAUUAUAAAAAUCAAAAUAUAAUUAACCUCUAAAAGAGGACAACCAUUACCAUGAUUUUAAUUAUGUUGAAAUUAAUGAAAAUUAUAAGACAGAUUCUUGCUUAGAUAACAAAUAUCAUAAAAUAAAACUGGAAAUUUUUUAUGUAAGCUUGUUUUUUUAUUAAAUUAGAAAUUUUAUUCCUAAACAAAUAAAACUAAAAUGA